GUCUAACAGCCUGCACGUACAUUGUAAUUUAUCAUUUAUAGAUUGUGGAAAGCAGGAAUUUCAGAGUCACUUAGACUUAAAUUUCGUUUGAGGUACGUUUUCACCGACAUCUUGUUAUGACAGCCUGAUACAUACAGAUUAAAAGCAUACAUAUAUUACAUGUGAUAGGAAAUAUUUAUCAGACUCACCUUAUUGAUCAAGGCUUUUUUCGUCAUUCGAUUGCUUGAAGUAAUUAUGUCAGGUGACGAGGUGAUGCUGUCAACAAUACGACUAUGUGAGACACAAAGUUCAUGAAAUACAAAUCAUCAACUUGUCAGAACAGAAGCAGAAACAUCAACAUUACAUACUGAUAUCAACUUCCUUUACGGAACAUUACAUUCCGAUAUCAACUUUCUUUACGAAACAUUACAUUCUGAUAUCAACUUCCUUUACGAAACAAAUACAUUCUGAUAUCAACUUCCUUUACGGAACAUUACAUUCUGAUAUCAACUUUCUUUACGAAACAUUACAUUCUGAUAUAAACUUUUUUUAUGAAACAUUACAAACUAAUAUCAACUUCCAUACGAAACAUUAAUUCUGAUAUCAACUUCCUUUUGGAAACAUGAUACGUUUCCAAAGAACGGGAGCAGUAAUAAUAAAACUAUUGCUACGCUUCAUAUGUUUAAUUUCAAUAUUUACAGCAUCUAUGCUAUGUUUUAUAUUCGUCGUAUCAGAUCAUCAUAUUGCACACAAUAAUUCUCAAAGCAAUCAGGCAGCAAUCGUGAUAACUAGAAACCAAAGCAGCAAUGAAGAUACACUUUUCGAGAAUCCUUCAAAUUAUUUACAAUCAAAGAGGUUUGAUUUAAUAUUCAAAAUGGUUUAUGCAUAUUUCUAUGUUUAUAAGGAGCGAAUUCCAAAAGUAAUACAAGAUGCAUAUGCAGAACAUAUUCGAGUUUGGAAUAAUUUCAAAGAGCACUGUCUCGGUAAAGAGUUCUGGUUCGAUGGAAACAUACCAUGCAAAGAAAAAGUUAGUAAAUCAGAUUUCAUUUUAUCAUUUCAUAAAACGAUUGAAACCAUAAAAACGAGUGGGUUUAAUUCAAGCAUGUCACGGAUUCCGAUAGACAAUGUAGGAUUUCUUCUGAACGGUGCACAUAGAAUAUCGGCCUCAGUAAUAUUAUCAAAGAAUGCAUGUUUUGAACAUCACAGUUAUAAACAGCGUUUCUUUAACUGGGGAUAUAAGUUCUUUAAAGGCAGAGGACUGUCGGAGAAGACGUCGGAUAUGGUCAUGUUGGAAUGGAUGAAAAUCCAGUUGAAGCUUCCAUACUUGAACACAUUGGUUUUUAUUGUUUCCGUAUUUUCAAAUAAUCGCGGCAAAGAUGAUGCUAUGCGUAAAAUUGUGAAAGAACGAUGCUCAAAAGAUAAUGGUAUUUUAUAUGAAAGAGAAAUCAACUUCACUCAAAGCGGAAUGUGGCAAUUAUUCGCUCAUAUGUAUGGGCAACAAGCUUGGUUAGAGACUGAAAUUCAACAAAUGGUGUCAAAAUUCAAUUCAACGUUCACUGUAGUGUUUCUAUUUAUCUAUGCUAAAAGCAACAGAGCUUUAGAUCAGUGUCAAAAUGAAAUAAGGAAACUUUACAGCGAUAAAUUAUUUAAAUACACAGUUCACAUUCCCGAUACUGCAGAAGAAAAUUUAAUUCUAGCAGAAAUGAUACUUAAUCCAAAUUCUAUACAGUUCAUGAACUACGCCAAGAAAGCGUUUGAUUGUAAAUUAAUUGCAAAAGAAGUUGCCAGUCGUUCGUCUAUUGCACCAAUAAGUACUCUCCCAGGUAUAUACGUUGUUAGAGAUGACGUCAUGAUUGACUCGGGAACAGUACUUGGAUUUUUUGAUUUGCGCAGACGAACAGAUGUUGACCUUUUAUUCCUACAUGGAAUUGACAAAGCCUUACUCGGAAAUGAUCAUGGAAUUUUAAUUCAAGCUCAUGCUUUUAAAAACAAUCCCAUUUCAAAGGGACGCGCAUGGGGAGAAGAUCAUUUUAGUCACAGCGGGGCAACGGACAAAUGGGAUUUAUUUUAUAAUCCUAAAAAUUACGGUUAUUGUUAUGGUAUAAAAUUUGUAUCACUAAAACAACUGGUUAGAUACAAAAUGAAGAGAAAUGAGCCAAAGAAAGAUUUAGUAGAUGUUGAACUCAUUAAUGAGCUUCUUGAAACCAUCAGCUGAAAUAAUCAACUGUAUAGAUACAUGUAAAUAUGGUUUAAUUUAUUGACUAUAGGUGGUCAAUCGAAUAUUGUCUAUGAUAUGACUCGUUGUGAUCACUUAUAUCAGUUUUCAUUCACCUCUGUUCAUAUUUGCAUGUUAGAUAUGGACUUGCUUGAGGUCUGUUAAAUAUUUUUUUUUCAAACCUAGUUUCAAUACCUUUAAUCUGCUUUCGAUAGACAUACUUUGCAUAGUUAAUUCUUGAAAUAUAAGAAUAAUUUACAUUCAGGGUUUGGCAAUUAUUUGUGAAUAAAACCUGCAAGAAGAGAAGAUGAUUUGGAGCACAGAAAGUCACUUAGCAAAAUAAUAGCUGACCGAGUUUGAUUGGAUCUGUCCAUAAAUGUUUAUAUCAGAUAGAACCAGAAAAUAUAACGACACUGAACCCGAAUACGGAGAGACAUUUGACGUCUACCACAAGGUACCAAAAUAUUGCGCUUAUGUAGAAUACUCUGUCGAAGCAGACUUUGUGUGUAACACCCCUCCACCCCUUACGCACUCUAGAACCGUCUCAUUUUUUGUUAAUGUCACAUCGACAAAAUUUUAUCUCACGUAGUGACAUUCCAGCUUUUGAUAGUAGAGGAAAACUUUUUGCCUACUAAACCCCAAGUCAAAAGUAAUUAAUUACUGACGACAUUCAGUCAUUCUAAGCGUUUUCUAGUCAAUGAUUUAAAGCAAAUUUUAUAACAUUGUAUAAAGGGCCCUGACUUUUGACUUUUAUCUAUUUUGAAUCAUCUUGCGAUUCUGGAAAAUAAAAUUUCUAACCUGACAGGAAAAAGGAUUGUAUUAAUCAGAAACCACUUUCAGUCUAAUGAUCAACGUAACAUUGACCUAUUAUGAACUAGUUUGCAAAAUCUAAAUAAAUUGUUCCUCAAAUGUCCACAACCAUUUAUCUUAUGAUUCUAAAGUGUAUUUAAAGAGCAGUGUUUUUUUUUUCAAUACACACACAAUCGGCUUAAAAUGGCCAAAGAAAAGCAAUUACUAGAACAACGUAUAUUUUGAAACAAGCGUUUAAUAACAUUAAGUUUAAAUUUAAUAGAAACAUGCACAUGGUAUGAAUAUAAAAACUAUUGUACUACAUUUGUCAAAUAAUUGGAUUGAAAAAAAGUAUAUAUUUGCCGAAAUUCAUUAGAAACACAAGACGAGAUCAACCUUAUGUAGGAAAUCGUUUGUAGUUUGUAUGAAUUGAAAAAGUAAAAUUCAGGAAUUUAGCUGUCCUUUGAUUUUACUCCUCAAAAUAUUGUUUAAGCAUGUAUAUAUAUAUGAACUUUAUCGAAACAAAUGGUAUGGUUACAAGCUCCGCUCAUUCACGUCGUUCUUUGUUUUUAUGAACACUGAAAUAAAAUUGCGAUUCAAAAGUUUUGCUCUCCGUAUCGAUUUUACGGAAUAGAUUGUGCCGGAAAUCAUUCGUCCUCUUAAGUCUCAUUUAUAAAUGCGAAGUUGCAAUUCGAGGGCUGACCGCGAAACUAUUGUAUCUUAUUCUUUGUUUAUAUACAGUUACAAUAGUUUCCCGCUUAGCCCACGAAUCUGCUCGCACUUGAUUCAGGAAUAUAAAUACUACCAUGUUGUGGCUUAAAUACUGCUGACAAACGUAAGCCAACAGAAAAUAAUUAUCUAAAAUACAAAAGUGAAUGUAUUACAUGAGAUAGGUGCACAUUUAUUUCCUCUCAGUUAUUGUCAUUCUUUAAAAGUAUAUUGCUAUUUGCUUUUUUGUCCACAGUUUGUAUUUUGCAUUUCAUUACAUUUCAUGAACAGAUUCAGUCAAAAUGGACUCAGCUUUGUUUGCUUAGUUGCGUGAAAUGUUAUCAAAUGAUCUUUUAGAAAUUUACGUAUCACAACAGAAGUCUUGUGCAAGGCGGUGGCAAUAAAAAGUCUCCAGUGUUGCUAUAUAUGAGGCUUUGAUAUUAUUGAGUUCAUCCAAUGCAUCUGUUAAAUACAUUACCGCUUCAGUCGAUGCUAGGGGCGUGAGGGAUAUUGCAUAUUUCAUUAUCUGUUAUGAGCAGACUGGAUAAAACCCGAGUCAUUUUUUUGUUUUUGUUUUUUGCUUAGCUGUGUUUCUAUAAGAUUUUCUAAAUAUUUUAACUAAAAUCAGUGACGUGGAAUAAUGUCAAUAAAUAAAUCUACAGACGGCAAAAGAUGAAUAUAAGAUGAAUAAAAUAUUAUACAAUAUUAUAAUGAAUAUUUCAUUGGUUAGGAAGCAUAUUUAUUGUGCUUGUGUUUUACUCGAAAUUACUGAUCUGACUUUUCAGUAAACGUUUAUUUAUUAUUAUCAGCUGUUAAAUCAAUUUGUCCAGGGAACUUGGUGACGAGCCAGUUGAAGGAAGUUUUGUAAAACGGAUCUAAACAUUUUAUAACAAAACAUAAACACGAUAAUCAUACUGCACGUUUAACGCAUAGUAAAAUACUAAAUCACAUUUGUUAUGUUUAACAUAAGGUCAUAUUACAAUUAAGAAAUAAAAUAUAGCAAAACCAUAAACAAAAACAUAUCGAAACGAUACGAUGAGAUUAUAUGCAUGCG